AUGAAGUUCAACACCAUCCUGGGCCUGUUGGCUGCCGCCAGCCAGUACUGGCCGGUCACUGCCCUGCCUCAGUUUCCCGAUAAUCCCGUCUGUGCUGCCGGCAUCACGUCUGUCGAAGUACAGCCGGUGCAGUUCAUCGUCAGACAGCCUAUCUACAUCAGCGCCUACUUGCCAGUCAACACCGUCCUGGUACUCGACGAUGGGCUGACGCUUACCAUCACUAAUGCUCCAUUGACCUUGGUCACCGAGAUUGAUAAGUUGGGCACACUCACGUCCCAAGUAACCAGAAUCAUUGACCAGGUCUCAUCCAUCCCAAACGCCUAUGUCACAAUCACAAGAGGUGGCCAGGCCGGAUCUGAGGCAAGCACAAUCACAAUCUUCCCCUCGGGUCCCGAUGGCGUUGGAACCUACUUGGUCUUCACCCCCUUCGCCAACAUUGCGGCUACCACGGGCAGCAGUGUUCCAGAAACAGCAACUGUCUUGGGCACUCCUAUCGACCCAAGUGGUUUUGUCACGCAGUCUGCGCCAGCGGCGAGCAGCGUCGUCAACCCCGGACCUAGCCCUGCCUCAGUUCCGGUUACAAUCGCUCCUACAGCAUCCGGAGGUGCUGCGGCUUUGCCUCAGAUCUUUGCUACCGUCAACGUUGGUGGUGCCACGGGCGUGCCCAGGAACUUCACCGUCGUGGACUCGGCUGGAUCUGCCGGUACGGUCUUUGCACAGACUUUUGACAGCUUCUCCAUCACUGUGACUGGUCCUCAGAACGUCAUUACGGUUCUCGGCAAUGCCGGUGUUACACCCGCUGCCAUCACAUUGCCCGGUAACAGGGGUGUGACGCAGACCGGGGCCGAUGCUGUGCUUCAGAUUAUCCAGACUCCGGGAGGUGAGGCCGAUUUUCUUGCCAGGCUCACAACCGUGAGUAUCCAGGGCCAGAACGGCCAAACCGGAACCUUUACGCUUAUUCCGACGGUUGGCAGUGUUGGUGCGGUAAUCGUACAGACUGCAGCACCGGCUCUUGGUGCCAUCUUCCAAACCAUCAGCGUUGCCGGAGCUACACCAACGACACUGUCUAUCCCGGCACCCGAAGGACAGACCGGUACGGUCAUCGUACAGACCACGGAUGGCUUCACAGGCCCCGCUGCUGGCCCCUUUACGACCGUCACUGUUGGCGGCGGCCAGGGUGAUGCUCCCGCGACUGUGACUAUUCCCCCGGCCGCUGGUGCGACGGACGGCGUCUUCACCGUUCUCGUUCAGAGCCUGGAUCCUACGGCCUUCAAUGGGCCUUUCCGGACCAUCACGGCCGGUGGCAACACGGGAGGAUCACCAGUCACCAUUACAGUCCCUCCCUCAGGUACCGGCCAGACCGGCACUGUCGUUGUCCAGCCUGCCAUCACCUCCUUCACCGGCCCCUUUACGACCAUUACGACCAAUGGCAACACCGGAUCUCUUCCAGUCUCGCUCACCAUUGUUCCCGCUGGUAACCCGACCCUGGGCACCGUCAUUGUGCAGACUCCGUCAAUCACUGCUCGGCCUGCCCUCUUUAGAACUUUGGCCGCGCUCCCGAUUGCCGGCCUCGGUGCCACGAUCACCUUACCCUUAUUGGGAAACUCUGCUUCUGCCCCCGGAACUAUUGUAGUCGCCGUGGGACUGGGCGGAGAUGAUCCGGCCACAACUGCACCAGCCGCUCUGGCCGCCAACCUCGUCACUAUCCGAGGUGACUAUAAUGGCACCGAUCCGUUGACUCUGACGCUGCCUUCUCAGGGCGACAACCCGGUUGCCACCAUCGUCGAGCAGUUGCCCGUUGGCUUCAGCGCGGGAGUCAGCGUUGGAAACCCUGCCGCAACUACGGUUGUGCCUCCUAUCACGAACGCUGCUACGCAAGCUACCGCCCCCAGUGUAUCUGCCGCAAACCCGGCGGCUUCAAACGCAGGUGUUCUACCGAACAUUCUCACGAGCGGCUACUCUGGAUCUGUGCCGACCACGGUAACAUUGCCUCCUCUGGGAACACAAACGGCCUCGCAAGUCUUGGUUCUCACGCCAUUGACCAACGCUGCCGGUUCCGCUGCGCCUGACCCUGCGGGCUCUGGUGCGACUGUGGCUCCUAAUGUGAUCAACACCAUCACCACCGGAUUUGGCGGUUCCCAACCUACUACCGUCACGGUUCUCCCAGAAGGCCUUGCAUCUACUGCUCCCGCCGUUUUGGUGUUGACUCCGGAUCCAGCUGCUGCGACUGCCGCGGCGUCCCAAGGGGCUCUGCCUGGUUCCUUCACCACCCUCACUGGGCCAGCUGUUGGGUCAACUCCCACCACGCUGACCAUUCCUCCUGCAGGAACCAACAGUGUCGGCACGGUUGUAGUUCUGGGUGAUCCCUUGGCCACUGCUACUGCUCAGCCAGGCCAGACGCAGACACAGGAUCCUGGUGUCAAUGGAGUUCCAUCCAGUCUCGCACCUGGAGCUCUGGGUGCCUUCACCACCAUCCAGAGCGGUUUCAAUGGCCUUCAGCCCUCGACCUUUACCGUUCCUCCUGCUGUCAGCGGCGCUCUUGGAACGGUUGUCGUCCUGACUCCUACUAACGCAGCUGCUCCUCAACUGACUCUCCCUUCCGGAGUGCCAUUUGUCACGGUAACUACUGCUGGUGAUGUCCCCGCUGUACUAACAAAUGUAUUGCUUCCCACGGGAACAAACACUCUAGGAACCGUUCUCGUCCAGACCCCUACUAACAUCGCUGCUCCUCAACUCACUUUGCCUGCUGGUGUUCCGUUCACGACGGUGACGACCGCCGGCAACGUCCCCGCCGUGGAGACGAACAUCUUGUUGCCCACUGGCUCAAACACCCUGGGAACAGUCCUUGUUCAGACUCCUGCUACUGCUGCUGCUUCUCAGCUGAACCUCCCCUCUGGCGUGCCCUUCGUGACGGUCACAACACCAGCCGACGUUCCCGCCGUGGAGACAAACGUGUUGUUGCCAUCGGGAACGAACACUGUUGGCACCGUUCUCGUCCAGGUGCCUUCGUCCUUGUUCACGGCUCUGCCAACCGGUGCUGCCACCUCCCCAGGCGCAGUCAACUCUGGUUUGGUGCUUCCUGGACUCACCAUCCCGCCGAUUUCCAUCAACCUGCCCACCAUCAUUCUGUCUGUUCCAAGUCUCAGCCUGGGCUCCUUCAUCACCUUGACCCAGGGUGGACCGGUAGCAACAACCGCCAUUCUCCCUCCCUCCGGCACCAACUCGGUGGGCUUCGUCAUUAUCCAGACACCGACUGUCGCCGCGACUGCCGCUCCAGGCGCUGGUGUCUUCACGACUCUCUUCCAGGGCUUCUCUGGAUCUGUUCCUCAGACUACGACCCUGCCGCCGACGGGAACCAAUACCCUCGGCGUCGUACUGAUCCAGACGCCCACGGUCUCUGUGGAAGUCAACAUUCUUCAGACCACCACAAUUGGCUUCACCGGAUCACUUCCCACUACCGUCACCGUGCAGCCGUCUUCAGGUGGCUCUGGUAUCGUGGUCGUUCAGACCCCGUUCACAAACCCCUUGGUCUCUGCCACCAACGCGGCGGCCAACAGCUUCAUCACCACCACCCAGGGCUUCACAGGCAUCGCGCCGACUACGAUUACUUACUUCCCCGGUGGAACUGAUACGGUUGGAACAGUGGUCGUUCAGACACCCAUCUUCUCUGGAGGUGCUGUGACUGUGCCAUCCAUCUCAUUGGGUCUGCCGAACAUUCAGAUCACCGUCUCCAUUGGCGGACCUGUUGCGGCGACAUCUACUAUCUUGCCUUCCGGCACCAACACUAUCGGAACCGUGAUUAUUCAGACUCCCACCGCUCCCGGAGCCGGAGGCGCAACUAGCCCCGUCGUUGACCCGGCUGUCACCGCGCCCGGCUUCGUCUCUGUUACCACUGGCUACACUGGAUCCACGCCGACGACCUUUACUCUGCCGCCAACUGGUACACAGCCCGGAGUCGUCGUCGUCCAGACUCCUACCUCUGGCGUUGCUGUUGCUCCGAACAGCUUCAUCACAGCUGUUACUGGAUUCACUGGCACGGAGCCGACCACGGUGACGAUUCUUCCCACGGGAACCAACUCUGUUGGCAUCGUCCUCAUCCAGACUCCCACGAGAAUCAGCACGACUGUUCUCGUCAGUAUUAGCGGUGAUCCUCCACCACCUACUGUGCCCAGCGGCUUCAUCCUCACCACUACUAUUGGCACUGGCACUCUUCCCACCACGGUCACUUUCCCUCCGUCUGGCACCAACCCAGGAAGUGUGGUUGUCCAGACUCCAUCAGUUGGAACCGCGGCUCCCAGCGUCACAAACGCUUUGCCCAAUGUCAUUGUCACAAGCGGAUUUGCUGGCUCUGCCACGUCUACACUUACGCUUACCCCCUCUUCCGCCGGCGACCCGACGACUCUGAUUGUCUUGACGCCUACUUCUGCUGCUGAUCCUUCGGUCACUGUUGCUCCGGCAUCGUUCGUUACUUUGACGAGCGGAUUCUUCGGUACUGCAGCGGCGACCACAACUUUAGCACCUGUGAACGCCGGUGAUCCAGGAACAGUCAUCAUCCAGACACCUCUUCCCACAUCUGGCCUUUCGUUCCUCACCACAACAGUUGGCUACACUGGAGCUGUGCCGACUACCGCCACAGUAUUCCCAUCUGGAACCGAGACCGUUGGUGCCAUCAUUAUCCAGACUCCCUUCUCUCCUUCUUCACCCGCAGUUACCAAUGUUGCCCCCACACCCACGGCUCCUGGCUUCUCAUUCAUUACAGUUCAGACUGGAUACUCUGGCACUGGAACUCAGAUCACCACCAUCCUGCCUACCGUCAGCGGCAGCGUCGGUCUUGUUCUCAUCCAGACUCCCACCGUUGGACAGGACCCGGCAACUUCAAACCCUGCGGUCAACCUCCCAACCACAGGGCCAGCUGUAACUCCGACUGUGGCACCCGCUUCGCUUGUGACUCUCAUCAGCACCUACACUGGAUCGGUUCCAUCGACCACUACGCUCGCUCCGGCUGGCACUGAUAGCCUGGGAACCGUCAUCGUCCUUCUCCCAAGUGCCACGGCAACCCCUGGAACUACUCCAGGUGCCAACUUUGCAACUCUCAUCAGCACAUUCACUGGAUUGGUGCCGUCGACCUCGACUAUCCUCCCUACUGGAACCAACUCUCAGGGAACUUUCGUCGUCUUUGUCCCGAGUUCUACCGUCGACGCCGGUACUCUAAGUGCCGGUCUUCCGGCUGUUACAUCCUCACCUGGUGCAGUCUUUGCCACUCUCACUUCCACCUAUGGAGGCUCUGUCACCUCAUUCCAGACCGUGCUGCCAUCGGGAACUGGCUCGACUGGCACCCUCGUUGUUCUUGUUCCGAGCAACGUACUAGCCUCUCCCACUGCCACGCCCGCCAUUCCUCUUACUACUGUCACGUCGACGUAUGGAGGCUCCAUCAUUUCAACGGCUAUUGCUUCACCUGCAAACCCGGGAGACCCCGGCACUCUCAUUGUCUUGGUUCCAAGCAACGUUGCCAGCUCGACUGGUGGCGCUGCUCCUGGUGUUGGCAACAAUGUGCUUACAACAUUCCUGUCCACUUACACUGGCUCAGUUUCUUUGACUACCACUGUCGCUCCGGUCAACUCCAACGACCCUGGAACGGUCAUUGUUCUCGUUCCGAGUGCAACCAGUGCAGCAGGCGCCGCAACGCCUACUGCUGGUGGUGUCAUUACCAGUUUCUACAGUGGCUUGGUGCCUUCGACAUCCGUGUUGCCUCCAGGUCCCUCUGGCGAGCCUGGUGGUACCGUCAUCUUCCUUCCUAGCAACACCGGCCUGCCGACCGCCGCUACCACGGCUUUGGCUGCCGGUCUCUACACGAGCACGUAUGGUGGUUCAGUCACUCUUACCUCCACGCUUCCCGUCGGACCGUCUGGAGAGCCUGGUGCUACAGUCAUCUUUGUUCCUAGCAACACUGCUGUCACCAAUCCCGCUACUACCGCCUUGGCCGGAGUUCUCACCAGCUUCUACAGCGGACUGGUGCCAUCGACUUCGGUCCUACCGGCCGGUCCUUCUGGCGAGCCGGGCGCCACCAUCAUCUUCCUCCCCAGCAACACUGUUACUCCAUCGGCUACAGUACCUACUCCCGGUGGCUUGUUCACCAGCUUCUAUGGUGGUUCCGUCACUCUCACAUCUACGCUGCCCACCGGCCCCUUUGGCGAACCGGGUGCGACUAUUAUUCUUAUCCCGACUCCCACUGCUACCCCGGCUUUGCCGAACGUCCUGACGAGCACGUAUGGAGGUUCCGUCACAUUGACCUCUGUCUUGCCUACUGGCAUCAACGGAGAUCCUGGACAGACCAUCAUCUUCGUCCCAAGCAAUACGGGCGCUCCCGGCGCCACCGGCGCACCAUCUUUGCCCAAUGUCUUGACCAGCACAUAUGGUGGUUCAGUCACCCUGACUUCAGUCGUUACUGACGGUGGUGUGAACGUGCCGCCACAGACCAUUGUCUUUGUUCCGGGCGUGACCAUCGUUCCUAGCAACACUGAUCCUGCCGGACUUCCCAACAUCUUGACAAGUACUUAUGGAGGCUCUGUGACUUUGACUUCGGUCCUACCGGUCGGCCCAUCUGGCGAUCCUGCCACAGUCAUCUUUGUGCCGGGAAUUCCUGGUGUCACCAGCAACUCUGGUGCUGCUGGUCUGCCCAAUAUCUUAACGAGCACCUACGGAGGCUCCGUCACUCUCACUUCAGUUUUGCCAGUGGGCCCAUCUGGAGAUCCAGUCACAGUCAUCUUUGUGCCGGGAAUUCCUGGUGUCACCAGCAACUCUGGUGCUGCUGGUCUGCCCAACAUCCUCACGAGCACCUAUGGCGGCUCAGUCACUUUGACAUCAGUCUUGCCAGUCGGGCCGUCCGGUGAUCCUGCUACGGUCAUCUUCGUGCCUGGUGUUUCCAGUGCCACCCCUACCAUCACUCCGGCUCCUACGCUUCCCAACGUCUUGACCCAGACCUACGGUGGCUCCGUCACGUUGACCACUGUUCUUCCCACAGGAUCUGCGGGAGACCCUGGUGUGACUGUGAUUUUCGUCCCCUCGGCACCUGGAGCCUCAUCCGUUGAUCCUACUCAGGCCCUCGGCAAUGUGUUGACUAGCACGUACGAUGGAUCGGUCACGCUCACGACUACUUUGCCGGUUGGCCCAUCUGGUGACCCUGCGACUGUGGUCUUGGUCCCAAGCAACACUUUGGUUCCAACAAGCACCGCAGCGGCAGGUCUUCCCAACAUCCUGACCCAGACCUACGGUGGGUCUGUGACUUUGACGUCGGUUCUUCCCACGGGUCCUUCGGGGGAGCCCGGAGCGACAGUCAUCUUCGUUCCUGGCCUCCCAACGACGACUCCCGCACUUCCAUCUGCUGGUGGCGUAUUGACGAGCACUUACGGCGGCUCAGUCACUUUGACGACUACUCUGCCCAUCGGCCCGUCAGGCGACCCGGCAACCGUUGUUUUGGUGCCGAGCAGCACCGGCGCUGCUGGCCUUCCGAAUAUUCUUACUCAGACAUACGGCGGAUCGGUGACAUUGACGACUGUCCUCCCGACGGGUCCUUCGGGAGAGCCUGGUGCGACUGUUAUCUUUGUGCCAAGUUCCGCGAUUGCUACACCAACUGUUGCUCCUGGAGGCAUUCUGACCAGUACCUAUGGUGGCUCGGUUACUCUUACGACCACCUUGCCUAUCGGUCCAUCUGGUGAUCCUGCUACUGUUGUUCUUGUCCCGAGCAGUACUGGAGCCGCGGGUCUUCCCAACAUCCUUACCCAGACGUACGGGGGCUCGGUUACCCUCACCACGGUUCUGCCUACUGGCCCCUCUGGCGAGCCCGGCGCGACGGUCGUCUUCGUGCCAAGUUCUCCGAUCGCCACACCUACCAUUGCUCCUGGCGGAGUGUUGACCAGUGUCUAUGAUGGCUCAGUCACAUUGACAUCGACGUUACCCGCCGGCCCAUCUGGCGAGCCUGGUGCCACCGUCAUUCUCAUCCCUACCAACACCGGGGUUCCUUCGUUGCCCAACGUCUUUACCUCGACGUAUGACGGCUCGGUCACUCUUACCACUACCCUCCCAAUCGGACCUUCUGGAGAUCCGGCGGCCGUCAUCCUGGUGCCGAGUCAAACUGCUGCUCCCGCUGUCCCAAGCAAUCUCUUCACCAGCACGUACGAUGGGUCUGUCACCUUGACCACGACCUUGCCCGUUGGCACCGUCGUUCUGGUGCCUAGUCAAACUGUGGCGCCUGGCCUUCCCAACAUUCUCACUUCUACGUACGGAGGUUCGGUCACUUUGACCACCACACUACCUGUUGGUCCUUCGGGAGACGUUGCGACGGUCAUUCUGGUGCCAAGUCAGACCGGUGCUCCUGGUCUCCCGAACAUUUUGACCUCGACGUACGGUGGCUCAGUCACUCUCACAACGACCUUGCCCGUUGGGCCUUCUGGAGAUAUCGCAACUGUCAUCUUGGUUCCAAGUGUGACAUCUGCUCCUGGCUUGCCAAAUAUCCUUACAUCUACGUAUGGAGGAUCAGUCACUCUUACCACCGUCUUGCCAGUUGGUCCCUCUGGCGACCCCGAGACUGUCGUUUUGGUACCAGGUCAGACCGGCGCUGGUGGCUUACCCAAUAUCUUGACCAGCACAUAUGGUGGAUCAGUCACGUUGACCACCACCCUUCCAGUCGGACCUUCAGGAGAUGUCGCAACGGUCAUUCUGGUACCGAGCACGACACCUGCUCCUGGCCUGCCAAAUGUUUUGACCAGCACGUAUGGCGGAUCAGUCACGCUGACUACUGCCUUGCCUGUUGGACCGUCUGGAGAUCCCGUAACAGUGAUCCUUGUGCCAAGUCAGACUGCGGCGCCUGGUUUGCCCAACGUGUUGACCAGCACGUAUGGCGGUUCAGUGACUUUGACCACGACGCUACCUGUUGGCCCCUCUGGUGAUAUCGCGACCGUGAUUUUGGUCCCCAGCUCAACUGCUGCCCCUGGUCUACCCAACAUUUUGACAAGCACUUAUGGUGGUUCCAUAACCUUGACUACAACUCUCCCAGUUGGACCAUCCGGCGAUAUCGCGACGGUGAUUCUCGUCCCCGGUAGUCUCACUUCGACUGCUGUGCCUGGGUUGCCCAACCUUCUUACCAGCACGUACGACGGCUCGGUUACUCUUACAACAACUCUACCAAUUGGCCCCUCGGGUGACCCUGCCACAGUCAUCUUGGUACCCAGCUCUGGCUCGAAUGGAGCUGGCCUCCCUAACGUGCUUACGAGCACCUAUGGGGGCUCAGUCACUCUCACAACGACGCUGCCCAUUGGACCUUCAGGUGACCCGGCAACUGUUAUUCUGGUUCCCAGCUCUGGCGCGAACAAUGGUGGUCUUCCCAACAUUUUCACGAGUACCUACGAUGGCUCAGUCACCCUCACCACCACACUUCCCAUUGGGCCCUCUGGAGAUCCAGCAGAAGUCGUGUUGGUGCCCAGUUCUGGUUCGAACAACGGUGGUCUUCCCAACGUGCUGACGAGCACUUAUGACGGAUCAGUCACCCUUACUACCACCCUACCCAUUGGACCUUCUGGUGAUCCCGCCACGGUUGUGUUGGUUCCCAGCGUUAUUCCUUCCAUUACGGCGGCUCCUGGUGUCCCUAAUGCGCUUACAAGCACCUAUGGAGGCUCGGUCACUCUUACUACUGUCUUACCGGUUGGACCAUCUGGCGAUCCUGCAACCGUUGUUCUCGUGCCCGGCGCUGGUUCAGCUGGCGCAGGUCUUCCCAAUGUCUUCACCAGCACCUAUGAUGGCUCAGUUACUCUCACGACGACCCUACCUAUUGGGCCAUCGGGCGAUCCGGCAACUGUCAUCCUGGUCCCAAGCACGAUUCCUUCCAUCACGGCUGCUCCCGGCCUUCCCAACGUGCUUACGAGCACGUACGAUGGUUCAGUCACCCUCACGACGGUUCUGCCUCUUGGCCCGUCUGGAGAUCCGGCUACCAUCAUCUUAGUCCCGGGUGCUACUCCUACCAUUACGCCUGCGCCUGGUUUACCUAACGUGCUUACCAGCACGUACGGUGGUUCAGUCACUCUUACAACGGUUUUGCCUUUGGGACCAUCUGGAGACCCUGCUACGAUCAUCUUGGUACCCAGCAGCGCCGUUCCUCCACUCAUCGACAUUUCUCUUGGUAUCAAUCUUCCAGGAUUGUUCACCAGCACAUAUGGAGGUCCAUCCACCAUCACAACAGUCUUACCAGUUGGCCCGUCUGGAGAUCCUGCCACCGUCAUCUUGGUGCCCAGCACUCCUCCGCUCAUCGACCUCUCGAUUGGCAUCAACCUCCCCAACCUAUUCACUAGCACCUAUGGUGGUUCGGUUACCCUCACGACUACCCUUCCCAUUGGACCGUCUGGUGAUCCGGCUACGGUCAUUCUGGUACCUAGCAGUGUCCCUAGUAUCACGGCGGGACCUGGAUCUCCGAAUAUCUUAACGAGCACGUACGCUGGCUCUGUCACUUUGACCACUGUUUUGCCGGUUGGUCCCUCUGGAGACCCCGCGACCAUCAUCCUUGUGCCCGGCGCCACUAUCACGGACGCUUCGGCUCUACCUAAUGUGCUUACGAGCACCUACGCCGGCUCAGUCACUCUCACGACCGUCCUUCCAAUCGGUCCCUCUGGUGAUCCAACCACAAUCGUCUUGGUUCCUGGUGUUACUCCUACUGAUGCUCCGGGAUUGCCCAAUAUUCUCACAAGCACAUAUGGCGGUUCUGUGACCCUCACCACUGUGCUCCCAGCUGGUCCCUCUGGCGAUCCGGCGACGAUUGUGUUGGUUCCCAGUGCUCCCAUUACCGAUGCUCCAGGGCUGCCCACUCUCCUCACGAGCACAUAUGACGGCUCGGUCACUCUCACUACCGUGCUUCCGGCUGGCCCCUCCGGAGACCCAGCGACAAUCGUCCUGGUUCCGGGAGCUUCCAUCACGGAUGCCCCCGGUCUACCGAAUGUGCUUACCAGUACCUAUGCCGGCUCGGUGACUCUGACUACAGUGUUGCCCAUCGGGCCCUCUGGAGAUCCGGCUACGGUCAUUCUGGUGCCUGGUGCGACGAGCGAUGGCGCUGGUGGUCUUCCCGAUAUUCUCACCAGUACCUACGAUGGCUCGGUGACGCUUACGACUACUUUGCCCAUUGGACCUUCAGGAGAUCCUGCGACAGUUGUUCUGGUGCCGUCUUCGGUUGGCGCCGGUCUACCAAAUGUUCUCACGAGCACCUACGAUGGAUCGGUUACUCUCACAACUACCUUGCCCAUCGGUCCAUCUGGCGACCCGGCCACGGUCAUCCUCGUACCUGGCGCGAGCAACACUGGUGCUGCUGGUCUUCCAAACAUCUUAACAAGCACGUACGACGGAUUAGUUACUCUUACCACUAUUCUGCCCAUUGGUCCUUCUGGGGACCCGGCUACCGUGGUCUUGGUGCCCUCGUCUGGCGCUGCUGGUCUCCCGAAUGUGCUUACUUCUACGUACGACGGCUCUAUUACUCUCACCACCACGCUUCCGAUCGGCCCCUCCGGAGAUCCCGCAGAGGUGGUUCUUGUCCCAAGCAUUGUACCGAGUGUCACCGCACCUGGACUGCCCAACUUGCUUACUUCGACUUACGACGGUUCCGUCACGCUGACCACGACUUUGCCCAUCGGUCCCUCGGGUGACCCAGCAACGGUGAUCCUGGUACCAAGCGCCGUCCCAAGCGUAACUGCUACUGGCCUUCCCAACGUCCUAACUUCAACUUAUGAUGGCUCUGUCACUCUCACCACUACCUUGCCCAUUGGCCCGUCUGGCGAUCCAGCAGAGGUGGUUCUCGUACCGAGUGCCAUCCCAAGCGUCACUGUGCCUGGUCUCCCCAACGUUCUCACGUCCACGUACGAUGGCUCAAUCACAAUCACAACGACGCUGCCGAUUGGGCCCUCUGGUGACCCAACGGCCGUCGUUUUGGUUCCUGGUAUCACGGCUCCAGCACUUCCCAACGUGCUGACAAGCACGUACGAUGGUUCUGUUACCUUGACUACCACUCUGCCCAUCGGACCUUCUGGAGACCCAGCAACCGUGGUUUUGGUCCCAAGCAUUCCUGGCUCUUCAGCAUUGCCGAAUGUCUUGACCAGCACGUACGACGGAUCUGUCACUCUCACAACUACCCUGCCUGCUGGACCAACACUGGUUCUUAUUCCAAGCGUGACCAAUGUGGGAGGUGGUCUCUUCACGAGCACGUACGACGGCUCAGUCACUCUUACAUCUACGCUCCCUGCUGGUCCAUCUGGCGAGCCCGGAGCCACCAUCAUCUUUGUCCCGACUGUUUCCGUCGGUGGCCUUCCCAACCUUUUCACGAGCACCUACGAUGGAUUAGUUACCCUUACGACUACGCUUCCUGCCGGUCCUUCUGGAGAGCCUGGUGCAACCAUUAUUCUAGUCCCAACUAUUUCAGUCGGCGUCGGACUUCCCAAUCUCUUUACCAGCACGUACGAUGGCUCGGUUACUUUGACCACCACCCUUCCAGCUGGUCCAUCUGGAGAGCCUGGACCUACCGUGGUCCUGGUUCCUGGCUUGACAUCUUCUUUGCCGACGUCUGCCCUGCCGAACUUGUUCACCAGCACCUACGAUGGCUCCAUUACUCUUACUACAACCUUGCCUGCGGGUCCCUCUGGCGAGCCCGGACCGACGGUUGUUCUCGUUCCUGGCGCCACAUCAGCGUUGCCAGAUCUCUUCACCAGCACGUACGAUGGGUCCAUCACCCUCACCACCACCCUCCCUGCUGGCCCAUCAGGAGAGCCUGGCCCUACAGUUGUUCUGGUUCCGGGUCUCACAUCCGCCUUGCCGACAUCUGCUCUGCCAAACUUCUUCACCAGUACCUACGACGGGUCUGUCACUCUCACCACAACACUCCCCGCUGGCCCGUCUGGCGAUCCCGGUGCAACCGUGGUUUUGGUCCCUGGCCUCACGAGUGCUUUGCCCAACCUCUUCACGAGCACAUACGAUGGAUCCAUUACGCUCACAACUACCCUCCCAGCUGGUCCAUCUGGCGAACCGGGUCCUACCGUCGUUUUGGUUCCUGGUUUGACUUCGGCAUUGCCCAACGUCUUCACUAGUACGUAUGAAGGAUCCAUCACUCUUACCACGACACUUCCUGCUGGGCCCUCGGGAGAACCUGGCCCGACCGUCGUCUUGGUUCCCGGCGCUACUUCUGCGCUGGGAAGCUUCUUGACCAGCACAUCCGACGGCUCAGUCACUCUCACGACCACUUUGCCAGCUGGACCUUCAGGCGAGCCUGGUUCGACUGUGGUUCUGGUGCCAAGUCUCACUGGUGCCAUUCCCACGCCUACUGCGGACUUGAACAUCCUGACUAGCACAUACGACGGAUCGGUUACCCUCACCACUACACUUCCGGUUGGUCCUUCAGGAGAGCCUGGUGCCACCGUCAUCUUGGUCCCAAGCAUCACCAGUGCUUUGACUACUCCCACCGCGGCUCUGCCCAACGUGUUGACCAGCACCUACGACGGCUCAGUCACCUUGACUACCACUCUCCCAGCAGGUCCCUCGGGUGAGCCUGGAGACGUCGUUGUCUUGGUACCAACUUCCGCUCUCGGUGCCUCUACUGGUCAGUUCAUCACGCUUACCAGCGGCUACUCAGGCAUCGUACCAUCAACGUCAACUAUUCUGCCCACGGGUACGGAGACUAUUGGCGCUGUUGUUAUUCUGGUGCCCACGAGCAGUGCGGGCAUCAGCUUCACCACCAUUACGAGCUCGUACUCGGGUGCUAUCCCAUCUGCGACGACCAUUUUCCCAACUGGAUCGGACACCGAGGGAACCAUCAUCAUUCUAAACCCCAUCACGAUCGACACUCCGGGCAUCACCAUUACGAGACCGUACACCGGAACCGAGACUCUGACCUCUACGAUUCCGCCCGCCGUCUCUGGAGACCCUGCGACCGUCAUCAUUCUGGACCCAGCCCUGCUCCUCACGACAACCAACGCUGGCUCUUUCACGACCAUCACAAGCGGAUACGAUGGUUCCGUCAUUGCCACGUCCACCAUCCCGGCCGUCGGCACCGAUGGACUUGGAACGGUCGUCAUUCUAGAGCCAACGGGUACCGCCGCGCCAAGCGUCACCGUGUCUUACACCACCAUCAUCAGCACCUACGCAGGCUCGUUGCUGGCGACCUCGACUCUGGCUCCCGUAGGCACCGAUGCUGUUGGCACCGUCAUCCUGUUGGUUCCUAGCUCGAGCGUCCAGAUCCCUGGUGUCUCUUCUUACACCACGGUCACCAGCACGUACACUGGAUUGUUGCCAUCCUUCUCCACGCAGGCCCCCUCGGGAACUGACACUGUUGGUACUAUCAUCUUCUUUGAGCCCGAGGCCACCGCAACGUUAGAUGUGCCCUUCACCACCAUCUUCAGUGGGUACGAUGGGUCCAUCAUCCAGACGUCUACCAUUGCGCCCGGCGCUCCUGGCCAGACUGGCACUGUUGUCAUUCUUCAGCCCAGCUCGGCCCUCACCGCGUUGCCAACAUCGUCUGUCAACUCUGAUGGCAUCAGUUACACCACAAUCUUCAGCACGUACACUGGCGACAUUCCUCUCACCACGACUCUUGCUCCGGCUAGCGGCGACCCUGCCAACAUCGGCACCGUCAUCGUCCAGUUGCCCAAUGUCCUGGCGACUUCCAGCCCGACCAUCAGCGUCAGUAUCACGUACACGACGAUUGUCAGCUUCGUCUCGGGAUCUGUUCCCAUCACCACCACGAUUGAUCCCGCCGCUGGAGGCAGCAUUGGCACAGUUGUUGUGCAGGUCCCUCUUACGACCUCGGAUCUUGUGGCUUCGCCUGGCAUCUUCUACACGACUAUCGUGAGCAACUACCCGGGAUCGGUCACUUUGACAACCACCAUUCCUCCUGCUGCUACAGAUCCCGCCGGUCUUGCAACUGGAACCGUAAUUAUCCAGGUGCCAGACUCUCAAGCCACCGGUACCAGCUCAUCUGGCGAUGCUUUGGCGGCCUCGUUCACCACCAUCUUCAGCAACUACCCUGGUUCCAUCACGCUCACCACGACUCUGCCUCCUGCUGCCACAGACCCAGCUGGCCUCGGCACGGUCAUCGUUCAGAUCCCGGAUACUGGAAUCAUUCCGACCGCCACCAGCGCUUUGGCUGCUUCCUUCACCACCAUCUUCAGCACCUAUCCUGGAUCCGUUACUUUGGCCACCACCUUGCCUCCCGAUGCUACUGAUCCUGCGGGUCUUGGCACAGUCAUUAUCCAGAUCCCCGACACUGGAGUGAUUCCCACGGCCACGAGUGCUCUGGGUGCCUUGUUCACCACCGUGUUCAGUACCUACCCUGGCUCAGUUACCUUGACGACUACUAUUCCCGCCGCGGACCCCACGGGCUUGGGAACAGUUGUCGUUCAAGUACCCGACAUUCUGGAUACUUCGAGCCUCCCCACAGGCGGUCUCACUGUCUCGCCAGGCAGUUUCUUCACCACGCUCUUCAGCACCUAUGAUGGCUCAGUCACUUUGACGACCACCGUCCCUCCUGCGGCGACCGACCCCUCAGGACUUGCCACGGUCAUUAUCCAGGUUCCCAGCAACGUGCUCAACACGAACGGCGUGUCUUACACCACGGUCACCAGUGCCUACACCGGACUCAUUCCUCAGACCACUACCGUGGCUCCCGGCGCUCCCGGCGAUCUUGGAACCGUCAUUGUCCAGGUUCCUACCAGCUCAGUCAGUGUGGAUGCCAUUUCGUACGUGACUGUCACGAGUGGUGGCUUCACCGGCCUGGCCCCAUUGACGACUACCAUUCCUCCGGCCAACCCCGGAGAUCCCGGCACUGUUGUCAUCCAGGUUCCAAGUGCCACGAGCGCCCUUGGAGCUGUGUACACGACCAUCACCAGCGGCUACCCUGGAUCCGUUCUCGCAACCGAAACGGGCGUUCUUACCGGAGUGGAUGGCCUCGUCACUGUGGUGGUUCUUUCGCCGACCGGAACCGCCGCUUCCUUGCCCACCAUCACGGGAAGCGUCGGCUUGUUCGUCACGCUCACCAUAGGAUACGAUGGAUCUGUCAUCGCCACGUCAACCGGCUCGGCCACCGGUAUUGAUGGCCUUGUUACUGUUGUCGUCCAGACUCCUACUAACGCGGUCACCUCACCCACGGCCACCAUUCCGGGUCUCUCAUAUACCACAGUCACCAGCGGCUACGCUGGAUCUCUCCUCCAGACCCUCAUCGGAACGCAGACGGGAGCCGAUGGACUGGCUACGGUGGUCAUUCAGACGCCCACGAUCGCGAUUACCUCGCCGACUGCCACUAUUCCAGGCCUUUCGUACACCACCGUGACAAGUGGCUACGACGGCACGCUCCUCCAGACUCUCAUUGGAACGCAGACCGGUGCAGACGGCUUGGCGACGAUUGUCAUUCAGACUCCCACUUUGGGACUCACCUCCCCGACUGCCACGAUUCCCGGCCUUUCCUACACCACCGUCACAAGUGGCUACGCUGGAUCUCUUCUCCAGACCCUCAUCGGUACCGCUACUGGAGCUGAUGGUCUCGCCACGGUUGUGAUCCAGGUCCCAACAGCCUCCAUUACCUCUAGCCCGACCGUCUCGGCUCCGGUCUCAUACACCACAGUCACCAGCGGCUAUGGCGGCUCAUUCAUCCAGACUCUCAUCGGCUCUCUUCCAGGCAUUGACGGCUACAUCACCGUGGUCGUCAACAUCCCCACUGGCACGGCAACUCUGCCCACGGCCACUUUGCCCGGUGUUUCGUACACGACCGUCACAAGUGGGUAUGAUGGCUCGCUUCUUCAGACCCUCAUCGGCUCCGUUACUGGCGCAGAUGGACUUGCGACCGUUCUGGUCCAGGUUCCCACUGCCACGGUCACGGCCACGACCACGCCCGCGAUCUCGGUCACUCAGUCCAUCAUCUCGUACAUCACCGUCACGACUUACUACUCUGGCGCCUCAACUCUCUUCCAGACGCUCGCUCCCGCUGCCUCUGGUCUGCCAGGCACCGUUUUCAUCCAAGUCCCGACCGCCGUGCCUUCAAGCACGCCUUCUCUUACCAUCUCGGACGGCACUUCGUACACGACCAUUACGUCUUUCAUCACGGCUUCCACCACUCAGAUCUCGACCCUCGUUCCCUCAAGGACCGGCGAUGUGGUCACUGUUCUUCUUGGUCUCCCUCGCCGAUUGGUGCUCGCCACGACCACGAUCCCUGGUCUCAGUGUCACUGCCACCUCAACUAUGCCAAUUGGCUCCGAUGGUGUUCAGACGAUCAUGAUCCAGGUUCCUGGUCCGGCUACGGCCACGGCGUCUCCCACAAUCGGAGGCAUCACGACCGUCUUCAACACCUACAGCGGCUCUGUCACUCUCAUCCAGACAGAAACCCCCGCUCAACCUGGCGACCCGACCACGGUUCUUGUCAACAUCCCCGGCGUUUUUGCCGAAGUCACUUCAACUCGCUUUGGCGCCCCAUCUGCCGGCACCACUACCAUCGCUCCCGCCGGCACCGGCCUUCCAGCGACGGUCAUCAUCGAUCUUCCUGCUAUCUUCCAAACCGUCACCAGCGGCUACUCUGGUCUUCUUCCGGCAACGACAACCAUUCUGCCAUCGGAUCCCUCCGGAACUGGUCUGGUCAUCAUUCAAACCCCAAUCGUCUCCACGGGCUCACCGGCCAUUACGCCUUCCACCGUCUUCACGACCGCGCCUGGAACUGGCUCACUCUUGGCUACUGCCACGAUCACUGGCCCUGAUGGCGUGGUUUCAGUCAUCAUACAGACCCCCACUCUUCCUUCUGGAGCUGUUCCGACUACGGUCUUCACCACGCUGCCCGGAACGGCUGCUCUGCCAGCAACAACCACCGUCACGGGGGCGGAUGGAGUCGUCUCCGUCAUCUUCCUGGAGCCUACGACUUCGGGCCAGAGCCCCGUGGUUCCUACUACGGUCUUCACCACCAUCGUUGGAACCGGAGCUCUCCCUACCACUACCACGGCCAGCGGCCUCGGUGGAAUAGUCUCUGUCAUCGUGGAGCUCCCAAGUACAACUCUGCCCCCGGGGGUUAUUCCCUCGACCGUGUUCACCACCGUUCCAGGUACCGGAGCUCUUCCGGCCACUGCUACAGUCACCGGACUGGAUGGUAUCGUCUCGGUCAUUGUCUCCGAGCCCACAUCAAUUCUGGCUGGUAUCUUUACCACCAUCACCACGGGAGGACCAAUUGCGGCGACCAGCACCAUUCUGCCCAACAUCGUUGGUGGCGUUGGCACGGUCGUCGUCCAGACACCGACCCUCACCGCCAGCCCUGGAGCCUUCUUCACGACUCUCACUUCUGGUGGUCCAGUCGCUUCCACUUUCACGAUUCCAGCCGCUGAUCCCACUGGCCUCGGAACGGUCGUCAUCCAGACGCCCACUGUCAGCCCGGGAGCCCUGUUCACCACCAUCACGUCUGGUGGCCCAGCUGCGUCGACCUUUACCAUCCCAGCUGUCGACCCUACCGGCCUCGGAACCGUGGUUAUCCAGACUCCGACUGCCCUCCUCGCGUCUUACACGACCCUCACCAUCACCGGCUCCGUUGCGACGACCUUCUCCAUCCCCCCUGUGGGUUCUGGCAUCGGAAGCGUCAUUGUGCAGGUCCCAGAGAUCACUGGCACGUCCGCCUCGCCGCCAUCCAUUACAUCUGCUCCCACCUCGAUUCUCAGCCGUGACCUCACCACCAUCUUCUCUCCCUACACCGGAACGACAAGAAUCACCACCACAAUUCUGGUCAGCAUCAGCGGCGAUCCCACUCUGCCCAACACGGUCAUUGUCUACGUUCCCCUCACGGAGACGAGCAGCUCCGUUGCUACACCGACGAUCACCAGCGGUAUCUCGUACAUCACUCUCAUCACGGGUGUUCCUGGAACCUUUAUUGGCACCCAGACAACUACCCUUCCUGCCGGAAAUGACGGAUCUGCCACCGUUCUCAUCCAGACUGCCCUCCCUCUGGCCACGUCCAGCCCCAGCGUCACUGUCUCGUACACGACAAUCGUCACGGGUAUCAUUGGCACCUUUGCUGGUCUUCAGACAUCAACUCUUCCCGCAGGACCCGAUGGACUGGCGACUGUCCUGGUCCAGAGCGCCGUUCCGUCUGCUGCUGUCUCUUUCACUACGGUAUUGACGGGAAUUCCGGGCACAUUCCUCGGAACCCAGGCGACGACUUUGCCUGUUGGUACCAACGGCAUCGCAACCGUUCUUCUCCAGACUGCUCUGCUCACUGCAAGCCCCGUCUCCUACACCACCAUCUUCUCUGGCGUGCCCGGCACGUUCGUGGGACCUCAAACUACGACCUUGCCCGCGGGCCCCGACGGUCUUGCUACCGUCAUCGUGCAGAGCGCGCUUCCGACCUCGGGCGUUUCCUACACGACUCGCUUUACGGGCGUCCCCGGUACCUUCAUCGGAGCUCAGACAACCACAUUGCCUGCCGGUCCCGACGGAUUCGUCACGGUACUUGUUCAGAGUGCGGUUCCAACAGCCAGUGCCUCAUACACCACACUGCUUACUGGCAUCCCUGGAACGUUCUUGGGCCCGCAGACCAGUACUCUUCCGGUUGGACCUGACGGCGUUGCCACUGUGAUUAUCCAAACCGCGCUGCCCACUGGUGUUCCGACGUCCUACACGACUCUGUUCUCUGGCAUUCCCGGUACAUUUAUCGCACCCUUGACAACCACUCUGCCUGCUGGACUUGACGGCAUCGCAACUGUGCUCAUUCAAACGGCGCUUCCGACUGCAACUGCAAGCCUUACGUCAUAUACGACCGUUCUCACUGGUGUACCGGGCACCUUCAUCGGCGCUCAGACGAGCACCUUUCCUGUUGGGCCCAGUGGUAUUGCCACGGUGGUUAUCCAAACUGCCCUGCCCACUGGCAACCCAACGUCGUACACGACUGUGUUCUCUGGCAUCCCUGGCACUUUCACGGCGCCCUUGACAACCACUCUGCCCGCUGGAACCGACGGCAUUGCGACCGUGGUCGUUCAAACCGCACUCCCGACGGCCAGCCCGCUCUCGUACACCACGGUGUUCAGCGGCGUUCCCGGCACUUUCUUGGGUGCCCAGACGACUACCCUUUCCGCUGGCCCUGGCGGUUUGGCAACCGUUCUCAUCCAGACAGCUCUGCCAACAUCAAGCCCUCUGUCGUACACCACGGUGCUCACAGGCGUUCCAGGAACCUUCCUUGGUGCGCAGACUUCUACCUUGCCCGCCGGUACCAACGGAAUCGCGACUGUUGUCAUCCAGACUGCCCUUCCAACAGCUAGCUCUGUGUCCUACACUACCGUGUUCACAGGACUUCCAGGAACCUUCUUGGGCCUGCAGACAUCAACACUUCCUGCUGGCCCCGAUGGCCUCGCAACUGUUGUCAUCCAGUCAGCCCUGCCAACCGGAAGCCCAACCUCGUACACCACGCUGCUUACUGGCAUCCCGGGCACUUUCUUGGGCUCACAAACGACAACGUUGCCUGCUGGUCUCGAUGGACUCGCAACUGUCAUUGUCCAGACUGCUCUGCCCACAGCAAGCCCCAUCUCAUACACCACCUUGCUAUCCGGGGUACCAGGAACCUUCUUGGGCGCGCAGACUACUACGCUCCCGGCUGGUUCUGAUGGUCUUGCCACCGUCAUCAUUCAAACCGCCGUUCCCACAGUCCAAGCUGCGUCAUAUGUCACCAUUGUCACGGGCAUCCCGGGUACCUUUGUCGGCACUUUGGCCUCAACACUUCCCGCGGGAACCAACGGAGUUGGCACCGUCAUUCUCCAGACCGCCGUUCCCACGCCGACUUCGAGCAGCGCUGGUGUCACUUACACCACAAUCUUGACUGGAGUCCCUGGUGUUUUCACAGGCACCCAGACGACUACGCUGCCCAUCGUCACCGGAACUGUUGGCACUGUUCUCUUGGAGACCGCUCUCGCAACUCCAAGCCCGGUUCUCUCCUACGUCACAUUGUUGACGGGCAUUCCGGGAACUUUCAUCGGUACGCAGGCGACUACGCUGCCAAUCAUCUCUGGUAGCGUCGGGACCGUUCUCUUGCAAACCGCUCUUCCUUCUACCACCUCGUCACCAACAAGCAGUGUCAGCAUCACGUACAUCACCAUCGUCACUGGUAUCUUGGGAAGCUUCACUGGCACUCAGACAAGCACUUUGCCCAUUCCGUCUAUCGGAGUCGGUAUCGGCAUCGGUAUCACGGCUACUGUCGUCUUACAAACUGCCAUUCCCACCUCGGCUGUGCAAUCGUACACGACCAUCGUCUCCGGCGUUCCCGGCAGCUUCACCGGCACCCAGACCACUACCCUCCCCGGUGUUGGUCCGGAUGGAUUGGCUACCGUGGUCCUUCAGACGGCCCUCCCCGCAGUCACCUCAUACACGACCAUCUUCAGUGGUGUCUUUGGCACUUUCACCGGAACUCAGACAACCACUCUUCCUGGCGUCGGCACCAACGGUCUUGGCACUGUUGUCUUGCAAACGGCUGUCCCCUCGACGACUGCGGCUUCCUACACCACAAUCUUCACGGGCAUUCCGGGCACCUUCAUCGGCACGCAGACUUCCACCCUCCCUGGCACCGGUGCCAACGGCCUUGGAACAGUUGUUCUCCAGACUGCUCUCCCUGCCGCUACUUCGUACACCACAAUCUUCAGUGGAAUCGUUGGCACCUUCACCGGAACCCAGACAACCACUCUGCCUGGCACUGGAAUCGACGGCCUUGGAACUGUUGUUCUGCAGACACCCAUUCCAACCACGAGUUUGUCUUACACAACUUUGGUCACCGGCAUCGCUGGAAGCUUCAUUGGCACCCAGACGACCACUCUGCCCGUCGUCGGCACCGGAAACGUUGCCACCGUUCUCCUCCAGACUGCACUUCCGAGCGUCUCGUACACUACUGUCCUCACGGGCAUUCCUGGAACGUUCAUCGGAACACAAACAAGCACUUUGCCUGUUGUCGGCUCCAACGGAUUGGCGACUGUCGUCCUCCAGACUGCACUGCCCGCCAUCUCCUAUACCACGCUCCUCACAGGAAUUCCAGGCAACUUUGCUGGAUCUCAGACGACUACUCUUCCCGUCGUCGGCACGGGCAACGUCGCGACUGUUCUCAUCCAGACUGCUCUUCCAUCGGUCAGCAGCACGUCUUCAAGCUCGUCGGUCAUCGUGAUCAACACUUCCUACGUCACCAUUGUCACUGGCAUCUUUGGCACAUUCGCAGGAACCCAGACAACUACCUUGCCCGCCGCCGCCACGGCCCCCGGACUCGUCACCGUCGUCCUUCAGACGGCAAUUCCGAGCCCCGGCACGACUUCGUACACCACGAUCCUCACUGGUGUCACCGGAACCAGCUUCCCCGGUACGAGGGCAACCACCCUGCCUGUCAUCGGCACACUUGGAACUGUCCUCCUGGAGACGGCUAUUCCCGACGUCCCAACAACUUCCUACACAACAAUCCUCACUGGCAUCGCUGGCGAGACCUUUGUCGGCACCCGCGCCACCACUCUUCCGGUUACGGGAAGCAUCGGAACCGUCUUGUUGGAGACGGCCAUCCCAGCCGCCACCUCGUACAUUACGAUUCCCACGGGAGUCGCUGGUGCCACAUUCACUGGCAUCCAGCUGUCCACCCUUCCAGUCACGGGAACCAUUGGUACUGUACUUCAACAAACCGCCUUGCCGGCCGCUACUUCAUACAUCACGAUUCCCACCGGAGUCAUUGGAGCCACUUUUACCGGCAUCCAGCUUUCUACUUUGCCCGUUACCGGAACCAUCGGUACGGUCCUUCAACAGACUGCUCUUCCGGCUGCUACCUCGUACAUUACGAUCCCAACUGGAGUCAUUGGUGGCACCUUUACCGGCAUUCAACUCACGACCCUGCCCGUUACUGGAACCGUCGGCACCGUGCUCCAACAGACAGCCCUUCCGGCAGCAACUUCGUACAUUACGAUUCCUACUGGCAUCGCGGGAGCUACUUUCACGGGUAUCCAGCUUUCCACUUUGCCCGUUACCGGCACGAUUGGAACCGUGUUGCAACAGACUGCUCUACCCGCUGCUACAUCGUACAUCACGGUACCGACCGGAAUCUUGGGAGCUACGUUCCUUGGAACGCAACUUUCUACGCUUCCUGUUACUGGCACGAUUGGAACUGUUCUUCAACAAACCGCCAUUCCUCUUGUGACUUCCUAUGUCACGAUCCCAACUGGGGUUCUGGGAGCCACGUUCCUCGGAACCCAGCUCUCUACUCUCCCCGUCACAGGCACAAUCGGAACCGUUCUUCAACAGACGGCGAUUCCCAACCCCGUCACAUCCUAUGUCACGAUUCCCACGGGAGUUCUGGGAGCUACAUUCCUCGGAACCCAACUGUCGACCCUACCUGUCACCGGCACUAUCGGUACGGUUCUUCAACAGACUGCUAUUCCCAACCCCGUCACCUCUUACAUCACCAUUCCUACUGGAGUUCUGGGAGCUACGUUCCUCGGCACCCAGCUCUCUACUCUCCCCGUCACAGGCACAAUCGGAACCGUUCUUCAGCAGACUGCUAUUCCUGCCUUGUCCACUGGAUACACAACCAUUCUGUCCGGCAUCGUCGGCACCUUUACAGGCACCCAGACUACGACUCUUCCAGUCACUGGAACCCUUGGCACUGUUGUUCUGCAGACGGCCGUUCCACCAGCCACGUCCUACACGACGAUCGUCACCGGCGUUUUCGGAACCUUCCUUGGAACUUCGGCAACCACCUUACCCGCAACCGGAACCAUCGGUACGGUGCUCCUUCAGACCGCAAUCCCGAUCUCGUACACGACUCUCCUCACCGGAGUCGCGGGCAACUUCCUUGGCACCCAGACGUCGACAAUCCCGGCCGUCAGCGGUCUCGGAACCGUUCUGCUUCAGACCGCCCUGCCCACCGGGUACCUCACCGUCACCAGCGGAGUCACCGGCAGCUUCACCGGCACUCAGACCACCACCUUGCCGGCUGUUGGAGGAGGCCUUGGAACCGUGGUUCUUCAGACUGCCAUCCCCAGCUCCGUCAUUGUCUCUUACACGACUAUCAUCACUGGUGUUAUCGGUACCUUUACUGGUACCUCUGUUACCACCCUCUCAGCCACCGGAAGCGUUGGUACCGUGUUAUUGGAGACUGCCAUCCCAGCCAUCUCGUACAUCACCAUCCCUACUGGGGUCACUGGCACGUUUGCGGGCACUUCCACAGUCACCUUGCCCACGACCGGUCCAGGCCAGACUGUCGGUACCGUUUAUCUGGAGACUGCUCUCCCAGUCAUUUCUUACGUGACAAUUCCCACUGGAGCAACCGGAACCUUCACAGGAACCCGCCUCAGCACCCUUCCAGUCACCGGUACCGUUGGUACUGUGCUCGCUCAGACGGCCCUCCCGGUCAUCUCGUACAUCACAAUUCCCACGGGAGUUACAGGAACCUUCACCGGCACCCAGACAACCACGCUGCCGAUCACGGGAUCCAUCGCAACGGUGCUUCUCGAGACCGCGUUGCCCGUUAUCUCGUACAUCACGAUUCCAACUGGUAUUACUGGAACCUUCGUGGGCACCCAACUCUCGACAUUGCCCGUCACUGGCACCAUUGGAACAGUGUUGGCACAGACUGCUCUCCCUUCAGUCUCAUACAUCACCAUCCCAACUGGUGUUACUGGAACGUUUGCUGGUACGCAGCUUUCGACCUUGCCCGUUACCGGCACAAUCGGAACCGUCCUUGCCCAGACCGCCCUCCCUUCCAUCUCGUAUCUCACCAUUCCUACUGGCGUUACUGGAACCUUCGCGGGUACCCAAUUGUCAACUUUGCCAGUCUCUGGAACUAUCGGAACCGUCUUGGCGCAGACCGCUCUCCCAGUCGUCUCCUACAUUACCGUCCCAACAGGAGUCACUGGCAGUUUCACGGGUACGCAAUUCUCAACAUUGCCAGCCGUUGGAAGUGUGGCUACCGUAUUGGCACAGACCGCUCUUCCAGUCAUCUCGUACACGACCGUUCCGACUGGCGUCACCGGCACGUUCACAGGCACCCGUUUGUCGACGUUGCCGGCCGUGGGAAGUGUGGCUACGGUCUUGGCGCAGACUGCCCUUCCAGUUGUGUCGUACGUGACUGUUCCAACAGGAGUCACGGGCACCUUCACCGGCACGCAGUUCUCGACCCUCCCAGCUAUUGGCAGCGUUGCCACAGUUCUCGCCCAGACUGCUUUGCCCGUGGUAUCCUAUGUCACGGUGCCUACGGGAGUCACCGGCACGUUCACCGGCACCCAAUUCUCAACAUUGCCAGCCGUUGGAAGCGUGGCCACUGUUCUUGCUCAGACAGCCUUGCCUGCGGUAUCAUAUGUUACGGUGCCAACGGGCGUCACUGGCACCUUUACAGGAACCCAGUUCUCGACACUCCCUGCUGUCGGCAGUGUGGCCACAGUGCUGGCCCAAACAGCCUUGCCCGUCGUUUCCUACGUCACUGUUCCUACCGGCGUCACGGGCACCUUUACUGGAACGCAGUUGUCUACUUUGCCUGCUGUCGGAAGCGUCGCGACCGUCCUCGCUCAAACAGCCUUACCUGUGGUUUCGUACGUCACAGUGGCCACGGGAGUCACCGGCACCUUCACAGGAACGCAGCUAUCUACGCUUCCCGCCGUCGGAAGUGUGGCCACGGUUCUCGCCCAAACAGCCUUGCCGCAGAUCUUCUAUACUACAGUUGCCUCGGGAGUCGCAGGUACCUUUGCCGGCACUUCACUGGUCACUCUUCCUGGCACCGGAGCCACUCGAACUGUUGUGGCAGAGACUGCCAUCCCGUACACGACGGUCCUCACUGGAGUUUCUGGCACCUUUACCGGAACUUCUCUGGCUACUGUCGGAAACACGGUCCUAGCCCAGACAGCCCUGCCCCAGAUCUUCUACACGACCAUUCCGUCAGGCGUGCCUGGUACCUUUGCAGGAACGUCUUUGGUCACUCUCUCGGGCUCUGGAGCCACUCAGACAGUCGUUGCCCAGACGGCGAUUCCCUACACCACGGUCGUCACGGGAGUUACUGGAACCUUUACCGGAACCUCUCUGUCUACUGUCGGAAACACGGUGCUCGCCCAGACGGCUCUGCCGCAGGUCUUCUACAACACGGUGCCCACUGGCGUUCCGGGCACAUUUGCCGGAACCUCUCUCACUACCCUCGCGGGCUCCGGAGCAACAAGAACGGUCCUCGCCCAGACUGCCGUGCCGUACACCACAAUCCUCACCGGAGUCUCCGGCACCUUUACCGGAACUUCAGUCACGACUAUUGGCAACACCGUCCUUCAGGAGACGGCCAUUCCUCCAAUUUCUUACACGACAGUCGUCACCGGUGUGAUCGGUACCUUCACUGGCACUCAAGUCACCACCAUUGGCAACACGGUCGUCCAGCAAACCGCCCUCCCCUCAAGCACAUCGUACACCACGAUCCUCACGGGAGUCACUGGUGCCUUCACCGGCACGCGGACUACGACCAUUGGCAACACGGUACUCCAGCAGACGGCACUCGCAUCGGCAAGUCGCGUCGUCACCAGCUCAUACGCACCAUCUGGCUGUGUCCCGACGCCUACGGGUGUCGCCGCCCCGACUUGUCUACCAUCAACGGGAUCCGCAAUCACUCUGCCUGCUGCUUGCGCCAGUCUCACGGGUGUCAUCUUGCAAUCAUACUCUCAGGCAACGCUCGAUGCUUGUACUGCAGCGUUAGGCGCGACCGCCAACAUUGGAACCGUCAGCAACUGUCUCAGCUUGCAACAAAUUGCUCUGAUCGGAAACGUCCUGGGAUUCAACCACGUCAGAUGUAUCCAGACUGCUCUGGCGGGUACCUGUCUCACCAGACUUCCAUCAAUCUGCGCCAACCUGGCGGCAUCCAGCCAGACUCUUGCCAAUGUCCAGACCAACGCCGCUGUGUGCUUCGCCAAUCUUGGAGCCUUUGGUUCCAUCACGACAGCAGGCAACUGUAUCAUAUCCAGCGUCACCAACCAAGGAGGCGCGGCCGUUCUCAACUGUUUCGAACGAGCUCUCGGAUUGCCGGUCGGUCAAACAGUCGCCGGAUUGGCGAGUACAGUAUUGUGUCCUUCCGGCACAGCUUGCGCCCGCGCUCCGGCGGCCUGCGGUGCUCUACUGGAUGUCACACUCUCAACGUCGGAAAUCAAUGCCAACCUCAACCUCUGCCAGGCUGGCCUCGUCGUCAGCGCCUUGGGAAGCACGGUAUCAAACUUGGCUACCGGUUUGGGCUGUACCCUCGGCAGUGUCACCGGCCUGGUGGGCAGUCUCCUCGGAGCGCAGACGCAGUCGUACGCACAAUGUAUCCAGAACUCGUUGGCUUCGCAGUGUAUCACGACACUACCGCAGAGCUGUGUCAACCUAGGCGUCGACGCGACCGGCGGCGUGGCAGUGACUGUCAGCGCACCAAACCUCAUCUCUUGCGUAACUUCGCUCGGCCUCUUGUCCAACGGCAUCGCCUCGGAUUGUUUGAACCUGUCCUUGACGGGCCCGAACAUUGUGGCUUGCCUGAACUUGCGCCUCUUUGGCGUCGCCACGGUGAACGUGGCCGCCAAAUAG